AUGGUACCCGGUGAUAUUUUGCGUGUGAAGCCUGAGGCUAUUGUUAAGUCAGUUGUUCCACCUGUUACGGCUCUUACAGAUAAAGUUACUUGGAAAAUGGAAGCUUUUCAGUGCGCUGACCGACUUCUCGACGACAUUUUGGUUCUCUUUUUGAUUGGCUUGGACUUGAGGCCUAAUGGCAAUAUUGGUGAAAAUGGUGAGUUUCGUACCGCUCCUAUUUCUAUGUAUUAUAUGAUUGGUCGUGAUAAUUCUGAAAAUCGUGAGACACUUCAUCGUUAUGAAACACUUGAAGAUGAGUUCGGUAAUGAGUUUGAAGAACCUCAUCUUUCUAAACGUUGUGUGUUAAUGAGAGGUAUUGCUCCUUCUGUCCCUGUUUCUGUCAAUGGCACUGUCCCUGUUCUUGGUGGUGUUAAUAAAACUUAUGACCAUAUGUUUACUAAUGCGUCUAAUGGUCUUUACGGUUCUCCUUCAGGUGGUGGUACUGCCUCUGCUAUUAUUGCUAGUGCUGACGCAGAAAAUGUUUAUAAUACUAUGAAUGCCUCUUUUACUAUUUCUGACCUUCGUACUGCUCUUGCAUUACAGCAUUUUCAGGAAGAUAUUCAGGGGACUUAUAAGUGGACAUCAUUUCUUCAGAGAGGUGUUCUUUCUAGUUCCGAAGUCCUUCAGACUGUAGAAACUAAUGAGGGCAGUCUUGGUGACAUUGGCGGACAUUUAUCGGGUUAUGGUUCAGGUGGUUCUUAUAACACUAAUAAUGUUUCUGAUGAUAAAACUUCUAUGUCUGAAAUUGUAAAGAGAUUCUAUAACAAUGAACCUAUCCCCGAGGAUAUGCAGACUAAAAAUUAUGAGUAUGGUAAUGAAGUUACUGCUUUAGAUGAUGGUAAUACUUUUGACCCUCUUACACGUGAAGUUUCUGCGCCCGAUGGUUCUGUUAUUCGUGUUGAUUUAUCUGCCCCUGAUAUUUUAUCUCAGAUUCCUAUCACACCUAAUUUGGAUUAUGUAGACCCUAUGUUAGGUUAUAAUACUGAGCGUCAAUGGGCUUGGGAUUAUGUUGAUGGUGUUCAUCAUGUAAUUGAUUUUAAAGAUGGUUGUAAGAUUAAACUUAUGCCUAUAGAAAAGAUUACUGAUGAUUUUGAUGAUGUUGAGGAGAAAUUAGAUGAAAUCUACUGUAAAAAAGUUUCCUAUUUAUAA